ACUUAGUAGGCAUUUAUAGUAAAACGUCCGUUCAUCUAUUUUGUCAUAUGUAAUUGCAUUUGUGCCAGUUGAACUUUAAUUUACAUUUAAAAAAAAAAAACCCCAAGACAGGAUAAUAUAAGCAAAAGGAACAUGUUUUCCAGUUCAAAUAAUUCAACAAACUCCCAACAACCCUACAAGUAUAUAAUAGCGGUAGAUUUUGAAGCCACCUGUUGGGUGGAUGAUCCACAUGCAAGAUAUAGAAAAGUGGAAAUUAUAGAAUUUCCAGCAGUUUUAAUGAAUUUAGAAACAGGCAAAAUAGAAGCGGAAUUUCAACAAUAUAUCAGGCCCAUUGAAAAGCCCAUACUAAGUAACUUUUGUCUCAAUCUAACUGGCAUUACUCAGGCAACUGUAAACAAUGGCAUAUCUCUGCAAAGCGCCUUAAUAAUGUUCGAGCAAUGGUUACGCCGAGAAUUGAGGAUGCGCAAGCUGAAGCUGCCAAAAGAAUCAUUGGAUAAUAAAAGUGGCAAUUGUGCCUUUGUUACAUGGAGUGAAUGCGAUUUCGCAUAUUUUAUGCACAACGAAUGCCAGAGAAAACGUAUUAAGAAGCCGACAUAUUUCAAUCAGUGGAUUGAUAUACGUAAUAUUUUCAUAAAUUGGUAUAGGCAUAAGCCCCGUAACUUUUCAGAUGCUUUGCAUUAUGUGGGCUUAAAAUUCGUUGGUAAAGAGCAUUCUGGUUUAGACGAUGCCAAGAAUACAGCUGCCUUUACCCUAAAAUUGUUGAAGCAAGGUGUGCCUCUGAAGAUAACCAACGAUAUGACACCGUCUGAUUGGAAUCUAAAUUGUUUGUAAACUAAAAGCUAACUAUAAUUAGUUCAUCAAACUACUAAUUUAUCAAAAACCAACUUUUAAUAUGUGUUUAUGUUCUU